AUGAGAGAAAGGGCAAUAUAUAUUCCACUAGGAAUUUUAAUCUAUGGAGAUACGGAAAGAACAUUAAGUAACCUAACAAGAAGCGGAAAGAUAGGAUUUAGCCCUUUGCAUAUUUUAUUUAAGUCGAGCAAUAUACAACCAUUUAAAGGUAGGCUGAUAACUAACCUCCUAAACGGAACGGCUAUAAAAGAGUAUAUGCUGUUUUAUAUCUUAAAAGUCGUCAUUAAUAUUAUAGUGAGAAAAUGA